AUCUGAAUUCUGAAAGACGAGAUUUCUCGGACAAAACAGCCGCAACCUUCCCCCUCAUCGGCUGUUCCACUGCUCUUUGACCAUGAUGAAUUUUCAGUCGUUCUUGAUCCUUCUUCCAGUUCUAUUGAUCUUAUUACCCACAUCGCGAUCUUUGCGCUUCGAUCUACAAUCCGGGCACACUAAAUGCAUAGCAGAAGACAUCAAAAGCAAUUCGAUGACCGUCGGUAAGUACAGCAUCGUUAAUCACAACGAAGGCCACCCCUUGCCGGAGUCCCACAAAAUCACCGUCAGGGUAACGUCUGCGCACGGGAAUAGUUAUCACUAUUCGGAGGGUGUGGAGUCGGGGCAGUUUGCGUUUACCUCGGCGGAGGCGGGGGAUUACAUGGCGUGCUUUUGGGCCCCGGAUCAUUCUCCGCAGGAGACGAUGACUAUUGAUUUCGAUUGGAGAACAGGAGUGCAUGCCAAGGAUUGGUCUAAUGUGGCCAAGAAAGGCCAGGUCGAAGUCAUGGAACUGGAGCUGAAAAAGUUGUAUGAUACAGUUACUUCCAUUCAUGAUGAAAUGUUUUAUCUCCGUGAAAGAGAGGAAGAAAUGCAGGAGCUGAACCGAGCUACAAACUCUAAAAUGGCAUGGCUGAGCUUCCUCUCGCUUUUUGUCUGUUUGUCAGUAGCAGGCCUGCAAAUAUGGCACUUGAAGACCUUCUUUGAGAAGAAGAAGCUCAUUUAAUUUUACACUUGUUAAAAGUUUUAUAUCGUGCUGUAAAAUCUUUCUCAGCAGAAUACAGUCUUAGAGUAUUAUAUGAAUUUUCAAUUACUUGCAUAUGUGCACCAGAAUAUUGAAUUUUGAAGGUCCUAUUAACAGUUGGUUACACCUCAUCUACGUUCCAGUCCCUCAUAGAAUGACAUUUUUCACCUUUCAGAAAAUUUGUUGUGGUGCUUUAUUAAUGAUAUCCUGGUGACAACCGGAGCUUGAAGGAGCAUCUCAUACAUUUGCAAAUGCUCAUUUGGGUGCUCUAAGUUGUAAUACUAGGGACAUUUUAUCAUCACAGAUGAGGUAGCUAGUAGCUGCACGUUCCAAAGACUCUGGAAGCAGUGCUGCGUUGGCCUUUCCCUAGGAAAAUCAAGCAGUUUAGGGUACGUUUGGAGGAUACGUUAGAAUUGGAUGGGGUAGGAUUCAAAGAGUAGGAUAGGAUCAGAUGUCGACAUGUCCUAUGUCGACAUGUCCUAUGUUUGGUUGAUUAUUAAGCCAGGGUGGGAUUCUAUAUAAAUAUAUGUUUGCAUAGACA